ACACACACAUAUGUAUAUCACUCACUUUCCCAUAUAUAUAUAUAUAUAUAGACACCACACUUGAUCACUAAUCAAGAUAUUGAAAAGAAACUCAAGGAAACAAAAAAAAAAAGAUGGUUAGAAGAAAUGCAGCACCGAUUUCAUAUCUUCCGAUGAGCUCGGAAUUGCCGGCGAGACGGUGGCGGAGGAGGAGGGCGAAACGCACGGUGAGGUUGGGCAACCGGCGAAGGGGGUUUUGGGUGGGGCCACCGCGGACGGUGGUGCUCCGGUGGAGGAUCAACAUCGGAAAACCCAUGAGGGUUCUCAGAAACCUCCUCCUGGGGAUAAUCUCCGCCAGAAACGUUCACUUGUCCGAGAAUUAUUGUUGGUCUUUGCCAAUUCUACGUCCUCAGCUGUUCCCUUUUUGUUGAUUUUUUUUUGUUUUUGUUAUCUUAAAUGUAAUUACUAAUUCCUAAUGGUAAAAGUCCUUUCUUUUAUAUAACCA